ACAUGCUGCUCACUCAGAAACUCUCUCAGUCUCUCCCCGAAAAUUCAACAAAAAAAAAAAAAAAAUCCCAUCAGGCGUCACUUAUCAGCAACCAUUUUCUGAGAAUAAUUUAAUGAUCAUCAUCGGAAGCAAUAUUUAAAAAACAAAUAAAAAAAUAAAAAACCAAAAAUUGUUUCUUAACACUGAUACCCAAUUGAAGCCUCUUUUCUUCAAUCGGAAUUGAACGAAUUUUAGUAAAAGUCAUGUCACAUGAAUUUUGAGGAUUCUUGGGCCCCUAUUACAUGUAAAUUUUUUUCUUAAAUUUGUUGCUCGAUCUCCCUUUUGUUGAAAUGUUCUGGUUUUCCAUAGUUUUGUAUUUUAGAUUAUGAAGUAUACUUGUUUUGUUACCAUCUGAUGGUCCAUCUACAUGUGGGAUGUUAAUAUUUGAUUUUGUGGGAAAUAAAUGUGUAAUAUUGUUUGAUUGUAGCAUGAGAUUGUUUUUGGUAAUUCUUUUUGAUAAUUUUUCCUGGAGAUGUGAAGAUGCUUGGCAGCUCUUAAAAUCGAGAGAAGAGAAGAAGGUUAAGAAGCUGCUCUGCCUGUGGAUGAAUUUUUACCUUUUUCGGCGCUUGAUGCUUAGAGUUGUGUGAUCCGCUAAUAAUUUAAGGUACGGAGUUGUACCACCGAUUCAGUUACUAUAUCUCUUGUUGAACUAUAAGCAGAAUUAAACGGUGCCCAUGGACGCUACUGCUGGUGAAACUUCAAGUGUUCAAUACUAUAACAUUCCUGAGCAAAAAAUUGGUUCCUCUGAUGCACCAAAGGUUCCAAGGCAACAGCGUCGUUGUUUUGGAAAUGAAAGCCCCGGGGAGUUCCCGUUGUCUUCCAAUCCUUCCAUCGCCCUUCAUGUUCUUACGGGAUGUAAUUUGGAUCCUCAAGAUCUUGCAAAACUAGAGGUAACAUGUUCAUUCUUCAGGCAGCCUGUGCACUUUGCUCCUGAUUAUAUGCUCUCGUUAUCAGAGCUUGCAGCUCUUGAUAUGUGUCAGAAGAGAGCAGUAUUUAAGCCAAUGACAGACGAACAACGGCUAGAGUUGAAGGGAAGAUGUGGGGGUUCCUGGAAGCUAGUCUUAAGGUUCUUGCUGGCUGGAGAAGCAUGUUCCAGGAUCGAGAAGUCGCAGGCAAUAGCUGGUCCUGGUCAUAGUAUUGUAGUGACUUCAAAAGGUGCCGUAUACUCAUUUGGGUUGAAUAGCUCAGGACAGCUUGGGCAUGGAACAACAGAUGAAGAAUCACAACCUCGGCUCAUUAGAUCUCUGCAAGGGAUUCAAAUUAUUCAAGCAGCCGCUGGGGCUAAUAGGACAAUGCUGAUAAGUGAUACUGGCCGGGUUUAUUACUUUGGAAAAGACUCCUUUGGCGAAGCUGAGUACGGGUUUCAAGGAAAUAAAUUAGUAACUACACCUCAACUGGUUGAAUCAUUAAAAGACAUCUUUGUCGUUCAAGCUGCUAUUGGAAAUUUCUUCACUGCUGUAUUAUCAAGAGAAGGCAUGGUUUACACAUUUUCUUGGGGAAUUGACAAUAAACUUGGCCAUCAAACAGAACCAAGUGAUCUCGAGCCCCGUCCAUUGUUAGGCGCACUUGAAAAUACACCAGUGGUUCAAAUUGCUGCUGGAUACUGCUACCUCCUUGCUUUGGCAUGUCAACCCACUGGCAUGUCUGUAUAUUCUGUUGGUUGUGGAUUGGGUGGAAAGCUAGGGCAUGGCACAAGAACGGAUGAGAAGCAGCCGAGAUUAAUAGAACAAUUUCAAAAUUUGAAUCUUCAACCAAUAGAGGUUGCUGCUGGUGCGUGGCAUGCUGCAGUGGUUGGAAGUGAUGGACGAGUUUGUACAUGGGGUUGGGGACUGUAUGGGUGCUUGGGCCAUGGAAAUGAAGAUUGUGAAUCAGUUCCAAAGGUGGUCGAAGCGCUUAGCAAUAUUAAAGCUGUACAUGUUGCUACAGGGGAUUAUACGACCUUUGUUAUUUCAGAUGAUGGCGACGUUUACUCGUUCGGGUGUGGAGAAUCAUCUAGUCUUGGACUUAAUAAUGUGGCUGCUGCCGAUCAGGAAAAUGGGCAAGUGAAUGUCUUGAGCCCUGAGCUUGUGACAUCAUUAAAGCAGAUGAAAGAAAGGGUUGUACAGAUAAGCCUCACGAAUUCCAUAUUCUGGAAUGCACAUACUUUUGCGCUCACAGAAUCUGGUAAGUUAUAUGCAUUUGGUGCCGGUGACCAAGGACAGCUAGGUGUUGAGCUUGAAGACAACCAAACCGAAAGAGCAAACCCCGAACAGGUCGAGAUUGAUCUCAGUUAACGUCUAGAUAAUAUCUAAUGCGUUU